GUUCGUGGUGGAAAAAAUUAUUUCAAUGUCUGUUGAUAUUAAGGAUGGAAUUAGUAUUUUGCCAGUGAUUGAAGAUCGGACUCCAUCAACACCAAUGAUUUCAUCAACAUACUCAUCACCAAAAAAUUAUUAG